AUGUACAGAAUAGACGUUUCAGAUUUUUAUGACUUCCAAGCGUUCAGAAAUAUGUGUCCAUUUCGAGACUAUAACAAAGCAGUCGAGAAUUUGAAACGUUUAGUCAUUUAUGUCGACUCUGCCCCAGAAUGUUAUGUCAUGAAAGAAUGGGAUGUUGUCUUUAACAAACCAAGAGCGACAAUAGUUUCAGAACAAGAAUGUAGACAGAAACUUAAGAAAAUAAAAGUCGUACAAGUUGGUAUGAAGAUGUUAGAUGCUUGGGAUAUCUUAUUGUCAAAGUUAGAAGAUUUUUCAGUUCGUGGUAUAAAGUUCUAUACACCAUCUCCAAACUUCUAUUCUAUCUUCACUGGAUAUAAAUACGAACAAGUAGAAUGGAAAGAAAAUGUUAUAGAAGCUUGGUUAGACCAUGUCAAAGAAAUUAUAUGCAAUGGAAACGAAAGAGUCUAUGAGUAUAUCUUAUGUUGGUUUGCAAACAUCUUACAACAUCCAAGUGCUAAAAAUGAAACUGCUCUCAUUAUAAUUGGAAAACAAGGAACUGGUAAGAACACUUUCUUUACAGAUAUCUUAUGCAAACUGUUAGAGG